GUCGGGCCAAUGGCGGCGCGUCGGCCUUCUAAAAAUACCAUUUCGAAUCGGUAGGAGGAUGGAACGACACCUCCUUCGCGCGAACGACAAGAAGUAUUUUCUACAAGUAUAUAUCUCCGGCGGAGUGAGACGUAUCGCGGCAAUCCAGUCGGCGCGUCCGAGAAGCGUCCGGACGGAAGCGAGCGGUGCCGUCCGAAUGAGGAAGUCGCGCGUGUGAUCUCGCCCGCGAUCUCGGCAGCCCUUGACGAAAGUUCUCGCGUGUCUCGAAAGGUUGUAUACAUAGUUACAUAGUUCGAGCACGGAGAGAGAAACAUUCCCGGGGAGUGAUUUCUCCGAUAAAAGGCGGUAAAAGGUGUGCGGAACUGAUCAUCGGUGGGCAGAGUUCACGGUGUCGCUCGGGAAGCGAAGCGACGAUUUCUCGGCGCUCGUAGUGUGAACGAGAUCUGUAAAUCUGUAUCUAUCGCAUUCUCGAAGGUACACGGAAAAAAGAAUUCAGUUCCCGCAACGGAACCAAGGAUCAGAGAAGCGGCCGGGGCCGCGAUGUGGCUCGACGGUGAGUAACGCGCAGAGACCGAGAUGAAAACCGACGGCGGGGGCACCGGGAGUCGGCUGAACCCGGGCAUGGAGCAACGGCUGAGAAGCCCGAAGUGCGCGAGAUGCCGGAACCACGGUGUGAUAUCCGGGCUGAAGGGCCACAAGAGGUCCUGCGCGUGGAAGGACUGCCGGUGCCCGUGCUGUCUCUUGGUCGUCGAGAGGCAGCGAGUGAUGGCGGCGCAAGUCGCUCUACGCAGGCAGCAGCAGGCGCAGAGCGACAAUCUGCUGUCCUCGGCGAACAAAUCCUCGCCGACGGACAACACCGUCAGCCCUUACUACGCUAAGGGCAAGUACGACGAGUCCGACGCGGUCUGCCCCAGGAGAUCCAAGAACUUCCAGAGGCAUCAUCUGCAUUUCACGCAGACGAGCAUCAGCGUGACGCAGGGCUUCUACGGAUUGAACGCCAUACACAGUCUACCUGGUGCGUUGUCGCCGCAUCCGCGUUUGUUAAGUACUUUAUCGUCGCUCGGAUGCAAUCAAAAGCAAGAGGCUGAGUCCACGUUGAAAGUGCAAUCUUACCAUUCUGCGUAUCCGACGAUCCCGUGGUUCAACGAAGUGGCGCAGUCGUAUAUAACGAACGACGACCUGAACAAUUUUAUCUCUACCCGGCCGGACUCGCGGGGUUGCGCUACUACAAACAACGAGUCGCGUUUAGAAAAGAAAACACCGAUCUCCUUCAGCGUAGAAUCUAUCAUCGGUACGAAAUGACGUCCUCCGUAUGUCUCUGUCGUUCGAUCGUGAUGUAUGAUAAAUAAUCUUAUACGUUGAUCGAAACACUUGAUUAAAUGAGAAUUUUUAUAAAUGUUCUGCAGAUUGUUUCGUAGAAACGCGAAUCCGUGUAUCAAUCGACUCUUUGUAUAUUGCAAUAAUGUACAAUACAUUUUAAUGGCUAUAUACAUUAAAAAAAAACCUGUUAACAAUA